AUGUCCUACGCUACCAAGUUGGAAUUACCAUGGGUUGAAAAAUACAGACCGCAUUUAUUGAAAGAUAUUGUAGGGAAUGAGGAUACGGUGCAACGGCUACAAACCAUCGCUGCUGAUGGUAAUAUGCCUCACAUGAUUAUCAGUGGCCUACCAGGUAUUGGUAAAACAACUUCGAUACACUGUUUGGCACAUGAGCUAUUAGGUGAUGCGUAUUCACAGGCUGUAUUGGAGUUGAAUGCGUCUGAUGACAGAGGUAUCGAAGUCGUCAGAAAUCAGAUAAAGCAUUUUGCCCAAAAGAAGUGCACGCUACCAGCAGGUAAGCAUAAGAUUAUCAUUUUGGAUGAGGCAGAUUCAAUGACCAGUGGUGCUCAGCAGGCUUUGAGAAGAACAAUGGAGUUAUACUCUAAUACGACGAGAUUUGCUUUUGCAUGUAACCAAUCUAAUAAGAUAAUUGAACCUUUACAAUCUCGUUGUGCAAUACUACGUUACUCGAAACUAACUGAUGAACAGGUUCUCAAAAGAUUAUUGGAAAUUAUAAAGCUGGAAGAUGUUCAAUACACGAAUGAUGGUCUCGAAGCUAUUAUCUUCACUGCCGAAGGUGACAUGAGACAGGCAAUAAACAAUUUACAAAGUACAGUUGCUGGUUUCGGUUUAGUAAAUGGGGAGAACGUUUUCCAAAUUGUUGAUUCCCCGCAUCCACUAAUAGUCAAGAGAAUGCUAUUAUCUGGAUCUCUCGAUGAAUCGCUGCAAUAUUUAAAAGAACUUUGGGUUAAAGGCUACUCUGCGGUAGAUAUAGUGAUAACUUGUUUCAGAGUAAUGAAAAAUCUCGAUGAAGUUAAGGAAACGGUUAGAUUGGAGAUGAUCAAGGAAAUCGGCUUUACACAUAUGAGAAUUCUUGAAGGUGUCGGGACUCAUCUUCAACUAUCAGGUAUGUUAGCUAAAAUUCAAAAGCUUAAAUCGUAA